AUGUCAGGAUUGCGGGACGUAGCAAAAGGAUGGCUUACUUUGAGAAGGCGCGCGACGCCAGCACAGACAACCCAGCCGGUACAGGCAACCCAGCCAACGCCAACGAUAACUGUGCGAGUGCACAAGAUGCCAGUGUUGACAGUCGCAUUCUUUAAAGACGGUCGACGGAUCGUCACAUCUUCAGAUAAAACCCUGCGAAUCUGGGACGCGGUUUCGAGAGCAUUCGUGGGAGGGCCGUUCGAGGGACACAGUGACUUAGUGACGACAGUUGCCGUAUCGCCAGAUGAUAGGCGAAUUGCGAGUGGUGGAUGGGAUAGAGCCAUCAUCAUUUGGGACGUCGAGAACAAACAGAUGCUAUUCGAGCCGCUGGUGAAGCAUACAGCCCGGGUGACAUCGGUAUGUUUCUCUGCCAAUGGAAAGAAACUUGCAAGUGGGUCGCGGGAUAAAACGGUUAUUAUAUGGGACGCGGAGACCGGCGCUAUCCUCUCAACACUUGAGUGUUGUGGUCCGGUGUAUUGUGUUGCCUUCAGCCCAGAUGGGUUAAAGUUAGCCGGAACAUGGCGCAACAUUGGGGUUUGGGGCACCGAUAAUAUUGCCGAGCUUUUAUUGGAGAUCGACGCUCAUGACAAGUGGGUUCAAAGCGUUGUGUGGUCGCCUGACGGCCAGCAACUUGUCUCUGCAUCAUAUGAUAACACAAUCAAGUUCUGGGACUCGUCGAACGGGACCCAUAUUGGUCAACCUUGCACUGGCCACAUUUCCCACAUUAGUUCACUUACCAUUUCUUCUGAUGGCUACUUCAUUGCCACCGCUUCGGAUGACAAGACUGUGCGCCUGUGGAACACAAAGUCACAUCAGCAUAUAGGACAGCCACUCGAACACACCGCAUCAGUUUUCUGCGUCGCAGUUUCUCGUAGUGGAGACCUGCUCGCGAGUGGAGACUCUGAUGGGAAUCUUCGGCUUUGGUCCAUCAGGAACACACUGUCCGCAGCAUUCAGUAUGGAUCCCUCAUACUUUGCGCAUCGCAGUGAGGUGAAGUUGGGCCAAAAGCUCUAUGCGGAGGCCCUUUCGGACGCGAACAAGGUGUGGAAGAUAUUGGUCAUUGUUUUAACAUUUGUGACGAUAUUCAUAGGUCAUUGA